UCCUGGUGUUUAAUCUGUUGGUUAACACCGACAGAAUCCUAGCCCCCCAAAUUCAAACUCUUUCUAUCUAGCACUACGAAAGACAUCGAAAACAUGUUCAUUCGCAGAUAUUAAAACGCGAACAAGUGUAUGUUAUUUGCAUCGAUAACUUUAUCGGGUCAAGUCUGACAGCUUUAAUAAAAGGGUAGGUUUCUACUAAUUAAUCCUUACUGAAUGCAGGUGAUGGACUCAAAAUUUAUGGCAGACUUAAAGCUCUGGGGUCUGUUGUCCUAAGGAAGCAUGCGAUUUGCUGCGGUUCUCAUAUUCGCAGUCUGUACUGCAUCGAUGACUUGCUUGACGUUUGGUAAAGAGCGAGAGCGCGCAAUGCUCUUUCCAGACUACUACUUCUUUGCUGAAAGACGUUUGGUAAACCAUACCAUUGACGAGAAUUACGUCAAGAACUUGGAUGACUGUGAGCUUUUAUGCUACCUGAACGACAACUGUGUCAGUGCCAACUUCAAAAAAGAUCAAGAGAAAAUUCCACAGAAUACUGUGUUUGGUCACCUCUGUGAACUAAAUAACGCCACUCAUCUGAAAUAUGACAGGGACUUGAUAACUGAUGCCGGUUAUUACUAUCGAGGCUCGAAGAACGCUUGUGACAAGUAUUCACAAUGCAAGAAUAACGCAACUUGUCAGUCUGGUUUUACUCACAAGGGAUAUCGAUGCUUGUGUCCUUCUGGAUUCGACGGAGAACGAUGUGAAAAUGAUAUUGACGAAUGUAAAACAACUGCUGGCGAAUGUCACGUGGACGCUGCUUGCAAUAACAUACCCGGAUCAUACCUGUGCACUUGCAAACUUGGCUAUGCCGGAGAUGGACAGAAUUGUGCAGAUAUCGACGAAUGCAAAACCUUCCCUAGCGAAUGUCAUAUUAACGCUACUUGUAACAACAGACACGGAUCAUACGUUUGCGCCUGCAAGCCUGGAUACAUCGGAGAUGGGCAGAAUUGUGCAGACGUUGACGAAUGUGAGGGAAAUCACUCUUGUCACGAGAAUGCAAACUGCAUCAACACUAUUGGAUCUUAUGUAUGCGAAUGUUACUUUGGAUAUACUGGAAAUGGGCACAAUUGCACAGACAUUGACGAAUGUACCAAGGCUCAUGCUUAUCAAAUGAACAAAUGUCAUACCAAUGCCUCUUGCAUUAAUACUCAGGGCUCAUUCGACUGUUCUUGUAAUACAAAAUACACUGGGGAUGGUUUUACAUGUGAAGCCGAUCCUUGCUAUGAAUACAAAAACCUGAGUGAUAAACAGAGAAAAAGCAGUUACAAAACUCCCAAUAAUAAAACGUCGUGUGACACGAAACUCGACGGAUGGUAUCGUUUCGUGGGAGCUGCGGGCACAAAGAUGCCAACAAAGGGUGUGGAAGAAGAAAACUGUGGUGCAAUGUGGUCAGGCUGGUUGGAAGGUGAACAUCCAACAGUGGAAGAUGGUAAAGUUAACAAGACAGUCUGCUUUAGUGGUGGCACUGGUUCUGAAAUAACAAAAUUUAUUUCAGUGAAAAACUGUGGAUGCUAUUAUAUCUAUGAACUUACAAAGCCACCAAAAUGUGAUGCACGCUACUGUGGUACAGACUGAAUUACUUCGGUAUAUUUUUAAUGCUGGUGACGUCCUCUAAAAUUUAUCAAAGAGCCUUGAAUUUCGCAUUAAAAAAAACCCAAUUUAUAAUAAUCAUAAUUAAGUUUAAAAAAAAGGUGAAAAAAACUAGAAAUAAAGAAAAAGGCAAAAUCUGAAAUAGUGACAUCCUAGACAAACAAGAACAUCACUCAGCAUGAUGAGUGAAUAACUAGAGAGGAAGGAAGUCUCAAAUAAUUCAUGAUUGUAUUACAUGUGUUCAAUAUCAGUUUACGACUAAAGCUUGUGAUAAAAGUAAUACAUAGGUUGAAAGGGAUGAGCAAAUUACGUAGGUUGAGCAAGGCAAUAUAAAAUAAUCAAAUUGAACUCUGCUCCAAUGGGGCUUUGCAGGGCUAAUAACUGCAUAUUUGAUUCACUUAUUUGAACUAAGAUAUAGUAUUUAAAAGUCACAAUUGGUAGGAGGCACAUCAGUUGGCUACAACAAAGCGCGGUCAAGGAGUUGAACUCGGGGCAAACUUAAAUGGGGGGAAAGGGGGUAGGUUGAACUCACGACCGCCAGAAUACAAGUCCAUCGCCCUAACCAUUCAAGACACCUACCCUUCAAGAUACUUGUCAGUUACGACAACCCCUCUAGAAAUGUUGAAAAUUUUUACACUGCAUUCGUGUUUCAGUAUUUCAAAGAGUGCAAACAAUUUUCUAGACGCGGGGUUAGAAAAUAACUCGUUUAAACAGAUUCACAGCGGUUUUCGUAAUGUUUCAAACCAGCAGGAUUUAUCAAAGUGCAUCGCCCGUACCUUAGCUUGAUUCAGUAUUUGAGGUAAUGGUAGUGUAAAGUUCAGGCUCGCGGACAUAAAUAUGUUUUAGGCCCGAUUCAGAGUGAUUUUAGCCCGAGACGCUAAGCGAGGGUAAUAAUGAGCUUUGAGAAGGGCUCGAUA